UCUUGCAUCCCUAGUAUGCCAUCUGAUUUCUGGAACUUGAGUUCUAAUUCCUUAGGGGGCGGAAUACCAUCAGCACUAGGCCAAAAAUCCCUGAUACAAGUGGAUUUAUCCAACAAUCAGUUAAUGGGCUCUAUACCUGACAGUUUGACAUCUUCAAACUUGCAGCUUGUGCUAUUGAAUGGUAACCUAUUGGAAGGACGAGUGCCAGAGCAACUUUAUUCUGUUGGUGUGCACGGUGGAGCUAUUGAAGAUAGAAGCUAGCGAAACCGGAUGCCACCGAAAAUGUCUGACAAAGUUGAGGCUUUGGAGAUAAGAAUGGCUGAGAUGGAAGAUUCACUGCUUCAAACCUUGAAUGAAUUUCGUCAUGCUAAUUUGACAGAAUUUGCAAAACUGUUGAAUCUGGGGUGUAGCAGAUAACCGAGGAGCCAAUUACGGAAAUACUAGAUGGCAGUGAAGAAGGUGGAGCUGCCAUCAUUUGAUGGUGAUGAUCCAGUGGGGUGGAUCACGCGAGCAAGACAUAUUUUGAGGUACAGGGAAUAUCUGAAGAAGUGAAGGUUCGUUUGGCG